UGCUCCGACUACCCAGCGGACCGGGACGGGCCCGGCCAGACCAGACCAGACCCCGGGGGCGAUGCGGCUGCUGCCCCUGCUGCGGACUGUCCUCUGGGCCGCGCUCCUCGGCUCCCCGCUGCGGGGAGGUUCUGGCCUCCGCCACGCCGUCUACUGGAACUCCAGUAACCCCAGGCUGCUUCGUGGAGACACCGUGGUGGAGCUGGGCCUCAAUGACUAUCUGGACAUAUUCUGCCCACACUACGAAGGUCCAGGACCCCCUGACGGCCCUGAGACAUUUGCCCUAUACAUCGUGGACAGGCCGGGCUAUGAGGCCUGCCAGGCGGAGGGGGCAGGUGCCUUCAAGCGCUGGGAGUGCUCCCGCCCCUUUGCUCCCUUUGGUCCCUUUCGAUUCUCAGAGAAGAUUCAGCGCUUCACACCCUUCUCCCUUGGCUUGGAGUUCCUGCCUGGAGAGACUUACUACUACAUCUCGGUGCCAACUCCGGAGAGUUCUGGCCAGUGCUUGAGGCUCCAGGUGUCUGUCUGCUGCAAAGAAAGCAAGUCUGAGUCAGCCCAUCCUGUUGGGAGCCCUGGAGAGAGUGGCACAUCAGGUUGGCGAGGAGGGGGUACUCCCAGCCCCCUCUGCUUCUUGCUACUAUUGCUGCUCCCAAUUCUGCGCCUCCUGCGAGUUCUCUGAGUCAAGUGGACCCUCCCAAGACCUCAGGAGCCAGAGCCUUCCCAAGACCCCCUAAAGGGAACAGUCCCUGCCACCUGAGCUGGGGCUGUCAAGCCAGAAAGACAAGAUGGAGCAAUGAUGGGGGAAGUCUGAGGGUCUGAGGUGACCCUUGCAGGUGCCCACCCUUCAUCACAGGCUAACAGUCAGGAGAGCUGCAGACAGCCUGGGGACCCUGGAGCAGAGUCAAGACAAAUAUAGGGUACCUGUCAGCUGCUUCAUUGGUGUCAUCCCAUCCCCCAGGAAUACUGGGACUUGGCGGGAUUGAGUCCUUGACCUGGCUGGGGGCCAAGACCAAAAACCUGGGGACAGGUGGAUUGCAGGACCAGGGCGAGGAAAAAGCCCAGGCUUGGUGUCUGUGCCCAGUGCCCACUGGGCCUCUUCCCUGGGGCAGCAUCUUGCCUUCCCCAGGGGGUUACUCACUUGUCUUCUGUGAAGAUGGACUUGCCAUGAGGUUGAAUUUCAAGUCAAUUUGUAUUUUUUUAUGUGUCUGGACCUCAAUAAAC